CCUGUGGCGAUAUGUCUUACAUAUAUUUAUAUGGUAAAGGUUUUAGGACCCCGUUUAAUGGAAAAUAGGAAACCGUUUGAACUAAAACGGAUUCUAAUAAUAUUUAACUUAUUUCAAGUAAUAUUUAAUGGAUGGCUGUUCUAUGAGUUCGCAGUUAGUGGAUGGUUAACAAAAGACUGGAGUUAUAAAUGUCAGCCAAUGGAUUAUACAGACAAUCCCAGAGCUCUUAGGAUGGCUGCAGCAUGCUGGUGGUUCUAUAUAUCAAAAUAUAUUGAUUUUCUUGAUACAAUAUUUUUCGUUCUAAGAAAGAAAGACAAUCAAAUAACAAAGCUGCACGUAAUUCACCACAGUUUGGUACCUCUUUCGUCUUGGUUUGGCACUACGUUCUCACCUGGUGGCCAUGGUACAUUUUGCUGUUUUCUGAACACGUUUGUACAUGUGGUAAUGUAUUCUUAUUAUUUCCUAGCUGCUCUAGGUCCUAAAGUACAAAAAUAUUUGUGGUGGAAAAAGUACAUUACUACAAUGCAAAUGAUUCAAUUUAUUGCUUUUAUGGUCCAUUCUUUGCAACUCUUUGUCUCGAACUGUGAUUACCCCCGUAUUUCGAUUAGCGUUGUUAUGGUUAAUGCCAUUAUAUUCCUUUUACUUUUCUCAGAGUUUUACAAAGACACAUAUAACAAGAAGCCAAGAAUUACAAAUUCUGAAUCAUUUACGAAGAACGGAUUGACCAAUUACAGAACUAUACGAAUUAAUAAACACAAAAAUGGAUAGCCACUUUUAUUGACACCGAUAGGCAAUGAAGCAGUUUACCAAUAACUUUUAUAUUAAUUAUUUAUCAACAACUUCUGAUUAUGAAUUAAAUAUCUAAAAUU